GCGGGCGCCCGGGGACCCGCGAGGGCGACCGCGCGCCGCCUGCGCUCCGGCAGCGGCGGAUGCGCGCGGACGGCCGCGGACGCCGGGCCCGAGGCUAGGACGGACCGAGCGGCGCCCGCGGUGGCCGGACCGGGAGCAUGGACAGACCCCGGAGCCUGGCGCCCAGCCCUGCCCUGCGGCGGUGGCUGCUGCUGGGGGCAGUGACCGUGGGGCUCCUGGCCCAGAGCGUCCUCGCGGGUGUGAAGAAGUUCGACGUGCCCUGUGGCGGCAGAGACUGUAGUGGAGGCUGCCAGUGCUUCCCCGAGAAAGGAGGGCGGGGCCAGCCAGGGCCAGUGGGCCCCCAGGGGUACACCGGGCCCCCAGGCCUCCAGGGAUUCCCAGGGCUGCAGGGCCGCAAAGGCGACAAGGGCGAGAGAGGGUCGCCGGGAUUCACAGGACCCAAAGGAGACGUGGGAGCAAGAGGCGUCUCUGGAUUUCCUGGUGCCGACGGAAUUCCCGGACACCCCGGGCAAGGUGGGCCCAGAGGACCACCUGGUCAUGACGGCUGCAAUGGGACCAGAGGAGACGCGGGCCGGCAGGGACCCAUGGGCCCCGAGGGGUUCCUCGGCCCUCCUGGGCCCCAAGGACCCAAGGGGCAGAAAGGCGAGCCGUAUGCGCUAUCCAGUGCGGACCGCGACAAGUACCGGGGUGAACCUGGAGAGCCCGGGCUGGUUGGUUUCCAGGGGCCUCCUGGCCGCCACGGGCCUGUGGGACAGAUGGGCCCUGUUGGAGCUCCAGGAAGACCGGGCCCACCCGGACCCCCUGGACCCAAAGGACAGCCGGGCAACAGAGGACUUGGUUUUUAUGGACAGAAGGGUGAGAAGGGCGAUAUGGGACAGCCAGGACCCAAUGGGAUUCCAUCAGACCUCCAGCACGCCAUCAUCGGGCCCAUGAAGGAAAUGUUCCACCCAGAUCAAUAUAAGGGCGAAAAGGGGAGUGAGGGGGAGCCGGGAAGAAAGGGCAUCUCCUUGAAGGGAGAAGAAGGCGUCAUGGGCUUCUCGGGCGCACGGGGUGCGCCCGGCUUCGAUGGCGAAAAAGGCUCAGCAGGACAAAAAGGAAGCAAAGGACUGGAUGGUUAUCAAGGGCCCGAUGGACCCCCAGGACCCAAGGGAGAAGUGGGUGACCGCGGCCCCCCAGGCGCACCUGCAUACUCGCCUCACCCCUCCCUGGCCAAAGGUGCCAGAGGCGACCCAGGAUCCCCAGGGGCCCACGGAGAGCCAGGAAGCCGGGGCGAACCAGGAGACCCCGGCCCCCCAGGCCCCCCCGGCACGUCCAUCGGAGACGAAGAUGGCAAGAGAGGUCUGCCGGGUGAAAUGGGGCCCAAAGGCUUCCUAGGAGACCCGGGCAUCCCCGCGCGGUACCCAGGCCCUCCGGGAGCGGACGGAAAGCCGGGGCUCCCGGGGCCCCCCGGGCCUGCUGGACCACCUGGACCAGACGGUUUCCUUUUCGGCCUUAAAGGAACAGAAGGAGAGACGGGCUACCCUGGCCCUUCUGGCUUCCCUGGGGCUCGCGGACAGAAAGGCUGGAAAGGUGACGCUGGGGACUGUAAGUGUGUGGAAGGCGACCAGUUCGUCGGGGGCCUCCCGGGGCCGCCAGGACCCAAGGGCCUGCCAGGCAUCAACGGGGAGCCGGGGAAGAAAGGGAGCCCGGGGGACCCCGGCCAGCACGGCAUCCCUGGGUUCCCAGGGUUCAAGGGCGCCCCUGGCAACGUCGGACCUCCCGGGCCCAAAGGGGUGAAGGGCGAUUCUCGGGCCGUCACCACCAAAGGUGAGAGGGGACAGCCAGGUGUCCCCGGCGUGCCUGGUCUGAAAGGUGACGACGGUGUCCCAGGGCGCGACGGGCUGGAUGGAUUCCCAGGCCUCCCAGGCCCCCCUGGUGACGGCAUCAAAGGCCCCCUGGGGGAGGCCGGUUACCCCGGAGCACCGGGCACGAAGGGCGCCCCGGGAGACAGGGGCCCCCCGGGACUGGGCCUGCCCGGCCCCAAGGGCGAGCGUGGCUUCCCCGGAGAUGCAGGACGACCUGGGCCGCCAGGCUUCCCUGGGCCCGCCGGCCCCCCGGGCCCCCCCGGACAGACAGACUGUGACACAGAUGUGAAAAGGCCCAUCGGAGGUGACGGACAGAAGACCGUGCAGCCAGAUUGCAUCGGAGGGCCCAAGGGAUCGCCAGGCCUGCGGGGACCCCCAGGGCCCACAGGCGCCAAGGGCCUCCAAGGGAUACUGGGACCCUCGGGAGCUGACGGAGCACCAGGGCUCAAGGGUCUCCCAGGCGACCCAGGUCGUGAAGGAUUCCCAGGACCCCCAGGGUUUGUAGGGCCCCGAGGAUCCAAAGGUGUGGCAGGCCUUCGCGGCCCGGACGGACACCCCGGUCCCACUGGUCUGCCCGGGCCCGUCGGGCCCCCAGGGGACAGGGGCCUCCCUGGAGAAGUGCUGGGAGCCCAGCCCGGGCCCCGGGGAGAUGCAGGGCUACCCGGACACCGCGGGCUCAAAGGCCCUCCAGGAGAGAGAGGCCCACCCGGAUUCAGGGGAAGCCAGGGCAUGCCGGGGAUGCCGGGGCUGAAGGGCCAGCCGGGCUUCCCGGGACCCUCGGGCCGGCCAGGCCUGCCCGGGCCACCAGGACAGCACGGCUUCGCAGGAGCUCCCGGCCAGGAGGGGCCCUUGGGGCUGCCAGGCGCCCCAGGCCGCGAAGGUCUGCCUGGGGACAGAGGGGACCCAGGCGACACAGGCGUCCCCGGCCCUGUGGGCAUGAAGGGUCUCUCUGGCGACAGAGGUGACCCUGGCUUGUUGGGUGAGAGAGGUCCCCCAGGAGGUCCCGGGUACAAAGGAAUGAGCGGCAUCCCAGGGGCCCCCGGCCCCAAAGGCGGCAGAGGCUCGCCCGGGAUGGAUGGUUUCCAAGGCAUGGUGGGGCUCAAGGGAAGAGCCGGGCUUCCGGGAAGCAAGGGAGAGGCCGGAUUUUUUGGAAUUCCAGGACUGAAGGGUCUGGCUGGCGAGCCUGGUGUGAAAGGCAGCCGCGGGGACCCCGGGCCCCCAGGCCCACCCCCCAUAAUCCAGCCAGGAAUGAAAGACAUCAAAGGAGAGAAAGGAGACGAAGGGCCUAUGGGGUUGAAAGGGUACCUGGGCCUAAAAGGUGUCCCGGGAAUGCCGGGGAUCCCCGGGCUGUCCGGAGUGCCCGGCUUGCCAGGGAAGCCAGGCCACAUCAAAGGAGUCAAGGGAGACAUCGGAGUCCCGGGCGUGCCCGGCGUGCCAGGAUUCCCCGGAGUGCCCGGUCCCCCCGGGAUCAUCGGGUUUCCCGGGUUCACAGGAAGCCGGGGCGACAAGGGAGCUCCGGGGAGAGCAGGUCUCUACGGCGAGGUGGGCCCCACGGGUGAUUUUGGUGACAUUGGAGACACCAUCGAUCUGCCAGGAAGCCCCGGCCUGAAGGGGGAGCAGGGUGUCGCCGGAGUACCAGGUCUAAAGGGAUUCUUUGGGGAGAAAGGAACGGAGGGUGAAGUCGGCUUCCCCGGGAUCACAGGCGUGCCAGGCGUGCAAGGCCCUCCCGGACGUAAAGGGCAGGCAGGCUUCCCGGGACUGACUGGGCUCCAGGGGCCGCAGGGAGAGCCCGGACGGGCAGGAGCGCCCGGUGACAAAGGAGAUUUCGGCUGGCCCGGGGCGCCAGGCUCACCAGGUUUUCCGGGCGUCCGAGGCAUCAGCGGAUUACACGGCUUGCCGGGCACCAAGGGCUUUCCGGGAUCCCCAGGUGUGGACGCCCACGGAGACCCCGGCUUCCCCGGUCCCACCGGGGACAGGGGUGACCCAGGAGAGGCCAACACCCGCCCAGGCCCUAUCGGAGCCCCAGGACAGAAAGGGGAGCGAGGAGAUCCAGGGGAACGAGGCCCCGUCGGGAGUCCCGGACUUCAGGGAUUUCCAGGCAUCACCCCACCUUCCAACGUCUCUGGGUCACCCGGUGACAAAGGGGCGCCGGGGAUAUUUGGCCCGGAAGGUAAGCAGGUCUCCCGCUUCUGUGCGUUGCGAUCCGGGGCAGGAGCCGGCAGUGACCGGACUACUUCAGGGGUGGGACAGACUCGCUUCCACCGGGACCCCGGGCCCCAGGGCCCGCCUGGCGUGUUCGGGCUCCCGGGAGAGAGAGGACCCAGGGGGGAGCCAGGACUUAUGGGAAACACAGGAGCUACUGGCAGCGUGGGCGACCCAGGUCCCAAGGGGCCCAAAGGAGACCGAGGACUCCCAGGCACCCCCGGCUCUUUGGGGUCCCCGGGGAUCGCAGGGAUCCCCCAGAGGAUCACCGUCCAGCCAGGGCCAGUGGGUCCACACGGCAAGAGAGGCCCCCCGGGGGCCCAGGGAGAGAUGGGGCCCCAGGGCCCCCCUGGAGAGCCAGGUUUCCGCGGGGCUCCCGGGAAGGCAGGGCCCCAGGGAAGAGGCGGCGUGUCUGCCGUUCCCGGGUUCCGAGGAGACCAGGGGCCCGUGGGACAGCAGGGCCCCAUCGGCCAGGAAGGGGCGCCGGGCCGCCCAGGGACCCCCGGCCUGCCCGGCAUGCCCGGCCGCAGUGUCAGCAUCGGCUACCUCCUGGUGAAGCACAGUCAGACGGACCAGGAGCCCAUGUGCCCCGUGGGCAUGAACAAGCUCUGGAGCGGGUACAGCCUGCUGUACUUCGAAGGCCAGGAGAAGGCGCACAACCAGGACCUGGGGCUGGCGGGCUCCUGCCUGGCCCGGUUCAGCACCAUGCCCUUCCUGUACUGCAAUCCGGGGGAUGUCUGCUACUAUGCCAGCCGGAACGACAAGUCCUACUGGCUGUCCACCACGGCCCCGCUGCCCAUGAUGCCGGUGGCCGAGGACGAGAUCAAGCCCUACAUCAGCCGCUGCUCUGUGUGCGAGGCCCCGGCCGUCGCCAUAGCGGUCCACAGCCAGGAUGUGUCCAUCCCCCACUGCCCGGCCGGAUGGCGCAGUCUAUGGAUUGGAUAUUCCUUCCUCAUGCACACGGCGGCCGGCGACGAGGGCGGCGGCCAGUCGCUGGUGUCGCCGGGCAGCUGUCUGGAGGACUUCCGCGCGACGCCCUUCAUCGAGUGCAACGGCGGCCGCGGCACCUGCCACUACUACGCCAACAAGUACAGCUUCUGGCUCACCACCAUCCCCGAGCGCAGCUUCCAGGGCGCGCCGGCCGCCGACACGCUCAAGGCGGGGCUCAUCCGCACGCACAUCAGCCGCUGCCAGGUGUGCAUGAAGAACUUGUGAGCGCCCCGGGCCCGGUGCUCGCCCGUAACUCGUUACCUCACACGCCGCCCCCGACCCGCCUCGUUACCGAAUCCCGUGGGAAGGCCGCCCCCGCG